AUGGCCGGGGGUAAUAAUUCUGCACCCUCUGAGGAAUCCUUGUCCGGAAUGCAGCACGACGGCGGAGGUGGCACGACAACGUCUAGGUCUUCUACGAUGCCAGUUCUUUCUGGCAGGACGCCCAGCUCUUCCUCGACCUCGAGGGCAGUCGUAGCCUCUACGAAUUUUCGCAACCUCGACGAAGACAUGUUUUGCCCCCGGGUGGUGCAGCAGCAGCUGCCAAACAGGAACGGCAUGACAAAUGACCUGCCAGACGACGAUACCUUCUUCUUCUCCGAAGGCCAGCACCACAUGCCGGACGACGACAACGCAGACAAACCCUGGAUGAACCCGGGCGUCGACAAAAACACGCUAUUCCAAAAAACCGAAAACAUCCUGAUGUUAGAACAGGAAAUCCAAAACACGCAAGACCGGAUCGAUGGGUGUAAGGAUGACGAAGAGGUGAAACGAAGGGAGUUCCAAGUGCACAGACAGCAUUGGGAGGUAUAACAUGAUUUUUUUGGUUCGACUUCGAUGUUCAUCUGCUACUUCUGCCUCUGCAUGAGAAAAACUGGGUGCUAGCUUUCUGUGUAAUGCAUGGCAAAUUUCUGAGGCAAAAAAAAUCAGGAAAUCCGUGCCUACAUUGACCGCCGUCGCCUCGAGCUGGUCGAACCGACCAUCCACGUCCAGUCGCUCGUCAUGAAAGCCUUACCGCAACAGGACCUUGUCAUGAAGGUCGCAAACCGGACACGACACAAGAAACUGAGACGGAUCGAGCAUUUGUUCCGGACCGCGCAUCAAUACGAGGACGCGAGGAAUUUGCUGUUCACGUUGAAAGCGUCAAGCGAGUUGGAGCAGAUGAAGCACUUCAUGGAAAAAUCGAUUUUAGAUCUCCGCGAACGGAUCCGGGUGAAGGAAGAAUUGUUCCGGAAUAUCGACAACUUGGUGGAGUUCAAGAAAAACUUGCAACUGAAACUGAAGCAAAAGUGUCGGGACGUGGCUUGGAGCAAAGUGCGCCAGUGGGGUAUCGCGGACGACGUGAUCAUGCGGAAGGCGUGGCAGACGUGGGACGACCAAGUGCCGUUGUUACAGGUGGAGAAGGCGACGAUCGAACCGCAGAGGAAGUACUAGAUUAUCUGUGCCACGUGGUUGAUGAUGCUUUUCCUUUUGUCAUGCAUAAGUAGGCAUGCAGCAGGAUUCUCGGAAGCCAUUUUUGCAUGAGAAAUUCAAGAGCUUUCCUAUCUCUAUCCAGGUACGACCAACUCCUGGCUGAGUUCACCGACAAGCUCCGGGAAAUCGCGGAAUUGGAGGAACUAUGCAUUGCAAAUAUGUCUGGGUCUGGACGAGUGCGUAGCUUGUUAUGCUUGUCUGGCAUGACUGAAGAGUUUGUGUUGCGUGUCCAAGAAGAGACCGUCUUGCUUCUCAUGCAGAGCCGCAGCUUGUCGUGCGAAAAGCGCAACACUAAGCCGUGCAAAUACUUCAUUCUCAUGAUUGGCUUUGCAUUACUGAGCAUUCACCAUUCCUAACCCAGCAUUACAACAAGUUUCCAGACCCAGAGGUGUUUGCAUUUGAUAGGAACAAAGAAAGUCCAUCGAGGGAGAUCGCGACGAAGCGUUGGUGAAGCUCCAAGAGGCGUGCGACCGGAUCACGCAGAGGGAAAAGGAGCACGAUGAGUACGUCGCCGAAGAGUACCGGAAGCACAACGAAUAUUUGGCGACGGUGGUAUCGAAAGGAAAAAUCCCCCCUCCCCCUAUCGAAAACGAAAUUUGUGAUGCUGUAUUUGAGGUCACAAAUCGGCUUGUCAUGCUAGAAGGCCAAAGCCGCAGUCGUGGCCUCGUUUGCAAGCCAUUUGUCAUGCUGUUUCCCACUCUCAGCUGCCUCCUAUCAUGCUGAAGAUGCAAGGCUUCCCCACGCCACCCAGCACUACAGUCCGCAUCUUUCCCCGUGUAGCAUGACAAAGCUGAUUUGUGACAACAAAUCUGCAUCACAGAUUUCCGUUUUGAUAUGGGGAGGGGGAAUUUUUCCUUUUGAUAGGUGGAUGCGGAGAACCAGGAGAAACUGGACAAGUUGAACAAGGUACGACAGUGCACAGAACCUCCUCCCCCUCAUUUGUAAUGCAAAAUCCCAAAUCUAAGUGCAGUGCUGCUUUGCGGCACCGUUUGCAUGACAGAUUCUGGAAGGAGCCUAAACUUUCAGUACUACACUACGCGCGUGAAGAACGUGUCAUGCGCAGGCUCCAUGUGCGCUGGUGUUUCCAUUGCUGAUCAUGCAAAAAAAGUGAGGAGGGGGAGUCGUGCACUCUCAUACAAGGAAAAGGGAGAUGAAAUGACGCACAUCCGGAACCAGCUCCAGAACAAACAAGAAGAGCUGGAGAGAUUGCUGAAGGAAUUAGAGAAACAGAAUGAAGGUAUAUUAAUUGUGUCGAUGGAUUUUUUAUGAGUGUGUCAUGCGUGUAUCGGCAACGCAAUGGAAAACUGUCAUGCAAUUUGUCCAUGACAAAGAAAAACACUUGAGGUCAACAAAACCUGAUCCGCCGGGUCGUGCCGCAGAACAAGGGUGUCCGGUGCAUGGGCUGUACAAAGCAGAUGCUAUUCCGGGAGUGUGUGGUAAUUAACGGCGAACACGAUUUCCCAGAAUUCGAUAUCCACAGUAAAUUUCCCGUACACGUACAAAUGCAGCGGUCUCUGCAUGACAAAACUUGGCUUCGAUCCUAGUUUAGCAUGACAAGUUUUACCCUCCAAAUUGGUGAAGUUUGUGGUGCGUCCUGGACAUGUACGGGAAAUUUGUAUUGCAUAUUCGAGAAUUUGAAGCAGCGGACCAUCGAGGCGGUCAAGGAGGGUUCCCCAACCCCAAAAACCGCAUUGCACAUCCUCGAGCAAGACAGUCCGUUAGCGCGGUAUGCAAUACAAAUUUCCCGCACAUGUGCAAAAUGCAUCACAAAUUUUGCCGACUCAGAGCAUACCACUUGUGAUGCUAAACAGAAUUGAAGGGAAGCUUUGUCAUGCAGAAACUGCAUUUGUAUGUGUCUGGAAAUUUACUGUGGAUACGCGAAAGAAGGACACCAUGGGGCAUUCCGUGACAUCGAGUAACGGGUUAUUGACCCGGGAUCCGAGAUUGGGGAAGGAUUGGGGCAGCACGGACAAGUACACGAAUUCCGUGCAGAUUUCCGCGCGGGACGGAAGUUUGCUGAAAAGACCGGCGACGAGCGAGUCCGCGAGUGCUUCGGGAAAUAAACUCACCGGUAUAGCGGAUGGAGCCGAUAACUCUCGGCCGAGAACAAGCUCCUCCGUCGGGUUUGUGGAUGAAGAUGAGCAACUGAAAAUCAAGUUAAGGAAAGUGGAAUCUUUCCUCGAAGCGCAGAGACGGCGGGAAACCGAGCAGGCGGAUAACGCGAGACGGCAGUUGCGGGGGCGGAAGAGGGAACAGAUACCGGGGGCGAGUCCCGGCGGAAACGAGAGCAGUGGGGGAGAAGGAGGCGGAAUUGAUAUGGUCGAGCAAAUGCGGAAGGAUGUCAGGGAAUUUAGGAAGAAAUUCAGUAUUCGGUAUUGGAAGUAGUAAGAACUAGGCUAAUAGACAGCAGGUCUUGUCGCUUCUCGGCAGAAAUUAGAACUAAAGCAACCACAAAAAUGAACUUUUAUUUGAACCAAUGACCCAAACAGAGACUAAAAGAACCUUUGAACACAGAAACACACUAGAUGGAAAUCGAAGAACCUCCACAGGCAGCCGGAUGGUUUGCAGGAGCCGCGUCUGGUGGUGGAAAUGUAUGAUAUUUGUCGAAAAAGUAUGAUGCUCCAUCUGAGAUUUUUUUUCGUACUAAGAGCUGACUUUGGAAGAUGCAAAACUUGACGAAAUGAACAGAGAAAUUUCUUGCGAUUGCAAGAUGAAGAGGUACUAGAGAAAAACAAAGCGGCAACAACUCAUGACGUUGGUUGCUAGAGCGGAGUUGAUA